AAUUGGGAGCAAACGAAAGUUCCCGGGCUCCACCCGUCCAUGUCGAUGAGCGAUCUCGUGAAUCACAUUGGACAGUGUAUUACAGAGCAGAUGACCGGGGCGAAUCCAUCAUUUGCCAAUCAAGGACUGGGAUACCAAGACAUACUAGAAGAUAUUGCACAGUCUCUGCUGAACGACAACCAAUCUACAACUUCUGAUGAGAAAUCUCUCAUGAAAAGAGUCAAUUCUCUCUGUUGUCUCUUGCAGAAAGAUCCAACCAAUACCACAACUCAGAAUUCACUGUUCAAUGAAGAAAGUCGUGGCGAAGGACCCGAUGAUAGGAAGAGCAAUAAAGUCGGCAACGUAUUGAGGGGCGAUGUCGAAGCUGCUUUUACCGACGACGUAAAAGAUAACUCAGAUACUAAGCAGACAAUCGGUAUGUCUAGGAAGGAUUCGUUCAGCGAAUUGAUGUUGCAUCUUCCUCGAAUCACUUCUAUCCCGAAUUUUUUGUUCAACAUCUCAGAAGACGGUGAAAGGUGAGUCUGGCUGUGAAAUGUUUCUGUACAUUGUUUCGGAAAUUGGCUACCGGGUAGACGAGCAAAUCCUCAUGGGAUUCUGAAAUAUGUAUUGAUGAAGAAUCCUGUAUGUAUGUGUUGUAAUUCAUGUAUUUAGGCAUUUUAUGUAUGUCUGCAGCACAGAUGUUUUAAUUCUUUCCCCUGUGAUGUUAUGUUAUGAGAGAGCCGCCCACCUUACAUAAGCUGUAAAUGGAAAUUACCCCUUUGGUGAAUCACUCUAUUCUAGAGUUUAUAUACAAUUUGAAACAAAAUUAGCCGCA